CCAUCUCUCUCUCUCUCCCCACACGCACACACACCACCAUACCUUUAACCUUCCUCACCAUGGCCAAAUCCCUCUCCAAGAUGACUGCCAUUAUAUUCAUCACUUUCUUUCUCUCCCUCCUUUUUCCCGGAAACUCUCAAACAUUCUCUAGAAACUUGCCCAGAAAAUCACUCGGCCUCAAGCGAGAGAAGCUAAGCCACCUCCACUUCUACUUCCACGACAUAGUCAGCGGCCGAAACCCCACCGCCGUCCGUGUCGCCUCCGCAAACAUGACAAACACUUCCGCCACAGGGUUCGGCUUCGUGGCCAUGAUAGACGACCCCUUGACCGCCGGUCCAAAUUUAAGCUCCAAACUCGUAGGAAGAGCUCAAGGAAUCUACGCAUCGGCGGCGUUGGAAGAAGUGGGUUUAUUGAUGGUUCUCAACUAUGCUUUUUUUGAAGGCAAAUAUAACGGAAGCACCCUGAGCAUACUGGGUCGGAACACCGUGCUUUCGCCGGUGAGAGAAAUGCCGAUCGUCGGAGGAAGUGGGCUUUUCCGGUUUGCCCGGGGCUAUGCCCAGGCGAAGACUGUGUGGUUUGACGUCAGAAGUGGGGAUGCUGUUGUGGAAUACAAUGUGUAUGUGUUGCAUUAUUGACCUCUUUUGUUGCUUUCCUAGAGAUCUUCGCUCACUUUUGUUGUUGCUUUUUAUUCUGUUAUAUGUAUGACUCUACAGUCUCUACUGUAAUAAUAUUUACUUCGUCAAGCAUUUGC